CUAACUCCCCAUGGACAUGUUGUUAGGUAUGUACUACCUCUCUGUGGCACAGCCCCAGUUUGACUGGGACCGAAAAGUGGUCAAACACACUUUGCCGGGUGGAUGGACCGCCAGAUUACAUAAGUUCAAAGCUAGUAGUCUUAUUGAAUCCUAUGGGUGCAUGUGUGCGGCCGCGUUCUAUAAUUAUUAUAAGCAAAAUCAAGAGGAGGGUAUGUACUUAGUUUAUGUCUCUGCUGCAGGCAAGCCGGUGAAAAUGCCGCCGGAGAUAGAGGGAGUAGUUGCUAAGUACCCUGAUCUAUUUGAAGAGGCGACAGGGGUUGUAGAGAGGGAGGUCGUCCGCGCGAUAGAGAUUAUCCCAGCGUCUAGUAUCCCAAAGGGUAGGAUCUAUCGGAUGUCUCCACGCGAGCUCGAUGAGCUUCGCCGACAACUCAAGGAACUCGUAGAGAAGGGUUGGAUCCGGCCGAGCGUCUCUCCUUAUGGAUCUCCAGUACUAUUCAUACCUAAGAAGGAGGGUACACUUAGGAUGUGCAUUGACUAUAGGGGCCUCAAUGCCAUCACUGUAAAGAACAGAGAGCCUCUACCGCGCAUCGAUGAUCUGCUAGAUACAGUGCAAGGGUGUCGGUACUUCAGUAAGAUAGAUCUGAAGUCUGGGUACCAUCAGAUUGCAAUCCGGCCCGAGGAUCAACACAAAACCGCCUUUCAGACUAGGUACGGUCUGUACGAGUUUGUGGUGAUGCCUUUCGGCCUUUGCAAUGCUCCUGGCACCUUUCAGCACGCCAUGAAUCGGAUAUUCCAUGACUACUUGGAUAAGUUUGUCAUCAUGUACCUCAAUGACAUACUUAUUUUUAGUAAGACUGUCGAGGAGCACGUGGCACAUUUGGACAAAGUCAUCAGCCUCCUGCGACAGCACAAGUUCAAGAUCAACGGUGAGAAGUGCGAGUUUGGUCGCACCCGUGUCUUGUACUUGGGUCAUGAGAUAUCCGCAGAAGGGUUGAAGCCCGAUGACGCGAAGGUGGCCAACAUUCGUGAUUGGCCACAUCCUCAGUCUGUGACUGAGAUGAGAUCUUUCUUAGGAAUGACAGGCUACUAUAGGACUUUCGUUAAGAACUAUAGCAUAGUGGCCGCUCCUUUGACUGAUCUGACCCGCCUUGACACCCCAUGGGAGUGGACAGAUGAGUGCGAGGCUGCUUUCAAACAUUUGAAGCAUGCAUUGACGCACUACCAGGUCUUGAAACUUCCUGAUCCUGAUAAGUCGUUUAUAGUCACCACGAAUGCCAGUCAAUAUGGCAUUGGCGCCGUGCUCGCGCAGCAGGAGGGGCCAAAGUUGAGGCCUGUAGAGUACAUGUCCAAAAAAAUGUUGUCUCAGAAGUUGGCUAAGUCCACCUAUGAGAAGGAACUCUAUGCGGUUUACAAGGCUCUGACCCAUUGAAGACAUUACCUCCUUGGGAGGUUCUUCAUCCUCAUGACUGAUCAUCAGACCCUGAGAUGGAUGAGAACUC